CGGCUGUUCACCGGAAAAAUCCGGUCUGCAAAAUCAAUGAAUUCCUCUCUCUAAAAGGUAUGAAAGAGAGAAGAGAGAGUAACUCAUUUAUUCAUUUUACAAUCUAAAGCGUUAUCAUAUAACAGUAUUCAUUAUCCACUUAAAAAAAAAAGAAGUGGCGGGAAAACGAGAAAGAGCGGCUGGGACCUUAAUUCUCUAUUUCUCAGAAAUGAUUCCGGUAAAGGUGAAAUUGUCCCAUGGAUUCCGAUUCAGACUCCGAUGGUUCUCAUGUCUCCGCCACUCCUCCCCGAGACUCAUUUCCGCCAUCGCCGCCGCCACUUCUUCAGCCACCGCCUAAGUAUGUGCCGCCGGUCUCCCGGAAAAUUACGUCUUCUUCCUCUCGCUCGAAGCCCAAAGCACCUACACAGCCGCCUCCUAAUCCCUCACAGGAAGCUCCGACAUCAUUCUCCCCUCCUCCUCCUCCUCCAUCUCCAUUAUUCACCGAUCUCCCUUUCCGGAUCUGCGAAUCCCAACCCGCUAGGUUUUCUUCUUCCAUAUCGUCCUUUUCCAGACUCCGCAGCAGAGCUUCUUUUACACCUAAUGAGAAAUUGAAAUCAGACGGCGUCGAUUUUGUGCCGGAGCCUCCUCAGGUAGAAGUAAUCGCUCCUCCAAAAUCCCUUAGGAGAAAGCCUCCGAAUCUCAUCACCGAUACUAUAACUUCUCCUCCAAAAUCUGUUAGGAGAAAGCCUCCGAAUCUCAUCACCGACACUAUAACUUCUCCUCCGGUGAAACCUAUGGUGUUUCGUAGCAGCGGUAACGGCGAGGGUAAUUUCGUGAAGUUGAACUUAAAUGGCAAGAGAGGGAAGAAGUUUCCUAGCAAAUACAAGGGCGUCUCUAAAUCUAGAAGCAAUUACGCAUUCAGAGGGAAGAGAUACAAGAAGAAAGAAGCUGAUGGUGAUGGCGAAUCAUUGUUGGAGGAAGAGUCUGAUUUGCAGAAACAGGUAGAAGAAGAAGCUAAUGGUUUUAUUAGCUCAGUGGAGGAUGCCAUUCUUGCUGUGAAGACUGAGGCUUCUGAUGAGAAUCUAACGAAGCUGUUGAAUUUAGUUUAUGGUUAUGAUUCUUUUCGAGAUGGGCAGUUGGAGGCGAUCAAGAUGAUUCUUGGUGGGAGUUCAACGAUGCUGGUAUUGCCUACUGGUGCUGGUAAGUCUCUCUGCUACCAGAUUCCGGCAAUGAUUCUUCCGGGAAUCACGCUUGUAGUGAGUCCUUUGGUUUCGCUGAUGAUCGAUCAGUUGAAGCAUUUGCCUUCGAUUAUUAAGGGUGGUCUCUUGAGCAGUAGCCAGAGACCUGAGGAAACAACGGAGACGUUGCGGAAACUCAGAGAAGGCAUAAUUAAGGUUCUCUUUGUAUCUCCCGAGAGACUUCUGAAUGUAGAAUUUCUGUCGAUGUUUCGCAUGUCUCUAUCUGUGCCACUUGUCGUUGUGGAUGAGGCACACUGCGUAUCAGAAUGGUCUCAUAAUUUCCGUCCUUCAUAUAUGAGACUCAAGGCAUCAAUGCUGUUUUCUGAACUCAAGGCAAAAUGCAUUCUCGCGAUGACUGCAACUGCCACUACAAUGACUCUUCAGGCUGUCAUGUCUGCACUAGAGAUACCGUCAACCAAUCUUAUUCAGAAGUCACAACUGAGAGACAAUUUUGAGUUGUCUGUCUCAUUGAGUGGAGCUAACAGAAUGAAAGAUCUAUUGAUUUUGAUGGAGUCUCAUCCAUAUAAGGAGAUUCGAAGCAUCAUUGUGUACUGCAAAUUUCAGUAUGAGACUGACAUGAUAAGCAAGUAUUUACGUGAUAACAACAUCAAUGCAAAGGGUUAUCACAGUGGUCUUCCUGCGAAGGACCGUGUUCGCAUACAAGAGUCAUUUUGUUCCAACAAGAUUAGAGUGGUUGUUGCAACUGUGGCAUUCGGCAUGGGACUUGACAAGGGAGAUGUUGGAGCUGUAAUCCACUUCAGCGUGCCAGGCAGUAUGGAAGAAUACGUUCAGGAAAUUGGGCGUGCUGGUCGCGACGGGAGGUUGUCUUAUUGUCAUCUCUUUUAUGAUAAUGACACAUAUCUAAAGCUUCGGAGCCUUGCACACAGUGAUGGUGUCGAUGAAUAUGCAGUUGGAAAAUUUCUCACCCAUGUGUUUUCCACUGAGACAAAGCAACAUGAGAAGAUAUGCUCGCUAGUCAUUGAAUCUGCCUCUCAAAAAUUUGAUAUGAAGGAAGAGGUUAUGCAAACGAUUUUGACACAUUUGGAGCUGGGGGAAGUGCAGUACCUACGUAUGCUUCCACAACUCAACAUAUGUUGCACUUUGAAUUUCCACAAGUCUUCUCCAAACACUCUGGCUGCACGAAAUACCAUAGUUGCAGCAAUUCUGAAGAAGUCUCACGUGAAGCAAGGGUUACAUGUCUUCGAUAUAACCGCUGUGGCCUCUAGCAUAUGUGUUGCAACAACAGAUGUCUUGGCUGAGAUUCAAACUCUGAAGAUGAAGGGGGAAGUAACAUACGAAUUGAAGGACCCAGCCUUUUGUUACACAAUCUUAAAAUCUCCAAGGGAAAUAUGUUCAUUGUCCAGUCAUCUUACCAAGUGGCUCACAGAGAUUGAAAGUUGCAAAGUGAGAAAACUGGAUAUUAUGUCUAGUGCAGCUGUGGCUGCGAUUAGUGUCUCUAACACUUCAGAACUGAGUUCUGGUGCCAAGCAAACUCUGAGCCUGCAAAGUAGAAUUUUUGAUUACUUCAAUGGUGACGAAAAGUGUGACACUCCGAGCAAGACGACUCAAAAUUGUGCCUUUCUACGAGCAGACAUAAAGGUUUUUUUGCAGAGUAAUCGCCAAGCCAAAUUCACACCAAGAGCCAUCGCGAGAAUAAUGCAUGGAGUUGGAAGUCCAGCUUUUCCAAAUUCAGUCUGGUCCAAGACUCAUUUCUGGGGAAGGUAUAUGAGCGUAGAGUUCCGUGUGAUAAUGGAUGCGGCACAAACAGAGCUGUUCAAUUUUGUUGACAGAAAUGCAGCUUUAGCUACAUAGAAGGCUACUUGACUUAAUAAGUGAGUCACAAUGAAUCACAGUUGAUCCCUGUUCCUAAGGUCUCACAUUCAAUUUAUUAGUGUGUAAAUCUAACUUUUAGAUUCAUUAAAGUAUUUAGUAAAGAGAAAUUGUAUCAUAACAAGACAGUUGAGAGAAUUGUUUGGAUCGACAAGAAAAGCUGAAAAAAAUGAAAGUUAAUCUUAAGUAUUAAAA